AUGUGUUUCCACAUACCAGAAAAAAAGGAUUAUUAUGGGAUGUUCUUCAAUGAACUUGUAAUCAAUGAAAAAAUUGCUAGCUCUCAGUUUGCUUCUAAUUUCCCUAAGCUCCUUGUUUCAGGUUACUGGAACGGACUUGCCGAUCAUCCGAUGCAUAUAUUUGAAUACUUAGGAAGGGAAAUUCCGGAAAAAAAGUGGGAUAAGAAAAAAGUGCACACAACGAUCAAGUCAAGGCUCGAGGAACUUCAUCUGUUAGGGAUUUCUCACAAUGAUGUCAGGCUCGAAAACAUUCAUGUAUCUGAGUUAGGUAAAAUUUCUUUGAUUGAUUUUGGACUAUCGGACAGUUCAAAUAAUGAGAAACGUAAAAGGCUAGAUUUUGAAUCUCUUGAUUUCAUAUUGGAAGUACAUAGUUCUAGCUAA